ACAGUGGAAUUGGAUUCAUUCUCGCAAAUAACUUUCUUCAAACUCUAAACUCUCUAAAAUCGCAAAACCCCAUCAUGUGAACCCUUAUUAGAACCGACCGGGACUGUGCAACACGCGCCGAAGUUACGUUUCCAAUUCGGAGAGCUCUCUCUGCCGUAGCUUCUAGACGAAACUUAUCUCAAUUUCCAAAUCCAAAACGAGUCAAUAGUUUUCUGAAACGUAAGGAGUGUAUCAUGGCAAUGGCGGGAUUGUAUAGACGCCUUCUCCCUUCUCCCCCUUGCUUUGAUUUUGCUUCAUCUCAUGGCAAGCAACUUUUUGUUGAAAGCAUUCAAAAUGGAACGAUGGAAGGCUUUUAUAGGCUAAUAUCUUAUUUUCAAACACAAUCAGAACCCGCCUAUUGUGGCCUUGCCAGUCUGGCCAUGGUUCUCAAUGCUCUUGCCAUUGAUCCUGGCAGAAAGUGGAAAGGACCUUGGAGAUGGUUCGAUGAAUCCAUGUUGGAUUGUUGUGAACCUUUAGAAAUCGUAAAAGCUAGAGGUAUCACAUUUGGUAAACUUGUAUGCUUGGCUCAUUGUGCUGGAGCCAAAGUUGACGCUUAUCAUGCUAGUCAGAGCAACAUCAAUGAAUUUCGUAAAUAUGUCCUCAAAUGUUCAACUUCCGAUGACUGUCAUUUAAUUUCAUCCUACCACAGAGGUGCUCUCAAACAGACAGGAACUGGUCAUUUUUCUCCUAUUGGAGGCUAUCAUGUUCGAAAGGACAUGGCAUUAAUUUUGGAUGUUGCACGUUUUAAGUAUCCUCCACAUUGGGUUCCACUUACCAUGCUUUGGGAAGGCAUGAAUUAUACUGAUGAAUCUACUGGAAAAUCUAGAGGGUUUAUGCUUAUAUCAAGGCCGCACACGGAACCUGGCAUGCUUUACACUCUGAGUUGCAAACAUGAGAGUUGGAAUAGUAUUGCAAAGUUCCUAAUGGAUGAUGUGCCUCUUCUAUUAAAAUCAGAGGAUGUGGAAGACAUUUACAAGGUUCUUUCAAUUAUAUUCACAUCCCUGCCAUCUAAUUUUGAAGAAUUCAUCAAAUGGGUUGCAGAGGUCAGACGGCAUGAGGAUGGCGAUUCAAGCUUAAGUGAAGAGGAGAAAACAAGGCUCACUGUCAAGGAAGAGGUAUUGAGACACGUGCAUGAAACGAAGCUUUUCAAACACGUGUCCUCUUUUCUGUCAAGUUCUUGUGGCAGACAGACACUAACUUCAGGUGAUGGAGACGCCUUACCUUCCAUCGCUGCAAGUGUUUGUUGCCAAGGAGCAGAGAUUUUAGGCGGAAAACUUAGCUCACCGGCAGUGUAUUGCUGUCCAGAAACAUGUAUGAAAUGUUGGAAAGCUGAAGAUGACAAAUCAAUAACAAUGGUUAGUGGGACUGUGGUAAAUGGUAACACAGAGCAAGGGGUUGAUGUACUGAUUCCUUCAUCGUCUGGGAAACUAUGUUGCACUUGUUCUAGCAAAAAGAACAUUAGGAUGCACCCAGCUAGCUCUGAUGUGCUAACCGUGCUUAUACUGUCCUUGCCAUCUACAACAUGGGAUGGUAUCACAGAUGAGAAGCUUUUGAAAGAAAUACAUGAUCUGGUUUCACAUGAAAAUCUUUCUACUUUACUUCAAGAAGAGGUUCUACACUUAAGGCGUCAACUACAUAUUCUAAAGAGAUGUCAAGAGGGUAAAGUAGACGAAGAUCUUGAUGCUCCUUCAUCUUAGCAUCUCACAUAUUUAUUUUACACACGGAUAGGAAUAAGAUCUUAACAAAUUUAUUAUGUAAAUGAUUUUUUUCUCAUAUUCAUUAGUCCUCUGCGGUCAAAUGGCUGUGAAUUUCUUUUUUCCUUUCGCAUUACAUUCAAUCGACUACUGAUUUAUAUGAUUACUUAUAUUUUUUAUUUA